GCAUAACCUCGUGCGCAUAGCUCUGGUCGCACGCAGAGCCCUUUGUCGCGCGGAUACUCCUUCAAAAAUAUGAACAAAUAUGCGAUAAUUUAUCUUGAUUGCUACCCAACUCGCUUGCUACUACGGUAUCUGAUAUUGAUGAACUUAGCAUUUUUAAUAUUCUAGCCACAUCAGUUAUCGUAAUAUUAGAGCCAUCGCACUUGGAAAUAGAUAGAUAAAUCUACGAGAUAAAUGUCCCUACCUCCACUGCCUCAACCCUCAACCUCCAACGGGGGACCGGGGGACAGUGUGUACAGUGUGCAAGCUACGGAGCAAGCGUGUGCAAACAGUCCACGUACGCAGUAAUCGUCGCCAAAGCCUUCAGCUGCGUGGAGGUGAAAAUCGCUAGCUCAGGAAGUGAAAUAUCUGAGCACGUGCUGAAGCAAGCGCGGCACUGCCUGAACCAAGGAAUCAAGCCACAUUGAAAAAGAUUUACGAUGGAGGCAAGUCUGAGCGACCACAUCCUUAGCUUCUCCGUCGACCUAUACAAGCGGCUGAAACCCUCUGGCAAAGACACGACAGGAAACGUCUUCUGCUCACCUUUCAGUAUUGCAGCUGCUCUGUCCAUGGCCCUCGCAGGAGCUAGAGGCAACACUGCCAAGCAAAUCGCUGCCAUCCUGCACUCAAACGACGGCAAGAUCCACAACCACUUCUCGAGCUUCCUUUGCAAGCUACCCAGUUACGCCCCAGAUGUGGCCCUGCACAUCGCCAAUCGCAUGUACUCUGAGCAGACCUUCCAACCGAAAGCGGAGUACACAACCCUGUUGCAGAAGUCCUACAACAGCACCAUCAAGGCUGUUGACUUUGCAGGAAACGCCGACGGAAUCCGACAGGAGGUCAAUGCCUGGGUCGAGGAAGUCACCAGGUCAAAGAUCAGGGACCUGCUCGCACUUGGAGCUGUUGAUGCAUCGACAUCACUUAUAUUGGUGAAUGCCAUUUACUUCAAAGGUCUGUGGGAGUCUCAAUUCCAGCCUAGUGCUACGAAGCCGGGAGAUUUCCACUUGACGUCACAGACCUCAAAGACAGUGGACAUGAUGCACCAGGAAGGGGACUUCAAGAUGGGUCACUGCAGCGACCUCAAGGUCAGUGCGCUUGAGAUACCCUACAAAGGCAACAAGAUGUCGAUGGUCAUUCUCCUGCCCGAAGAUGUGGAGGGACUCUCAGACCUGGAGGAACACUUGACCGCUCCAAAACUGUUGGCUCUGCUCGGUGGCAUGUAUGUGACGUCCGAUGUCAACUUGCACUUUCCGAAGUUCAAACUGGAGCAGUCUAUGGGUCUGAAGGGCGUACUGAUGGCGAUGGGAGUCAAGGAUUUCUUUACGUCCGUAGCGGAUCUUUCUGGCAUCAGCGCUGUGGGGAAUCUGUGCGCUUCGGAUGUCAUCCACAAAGCUUUUGUGGAAGUUAAUGAGGAGGGCACGGAGGCUGCAGCUGCCACUGCAAUACUGAUGGAUUGCAUUCCACAGGUGGUUAACUUUUUCGUUGAUCACCCAUUCAUGUUCCUGAUCUGCAGCCAUGAUCCAGAUGCUGUUCUCUUCAUGGGAUCCAUCCGUGAGCUCUGAAAAGCAUUGCCAACCAAUCUGUGAAAUUAUCUCUUGGUCACAAAUGUGUGACAAUUUUGCAAUAUUCAGCUGGUGUCUGGUGGUAACUUGUGAAAUCUUUUUGUUGGAUGAAGACCAAAGCAAAUAAAGGUAAGUGCUUAAAGCCACGAAACAGUCGUCAACAAGCAUGCGGGCUGCCAAAGACGUCACAGGACAUUGUUGAGAUGAAAGAACAUAAAGGAUACUUCCUGAGCAACAUUUCAGUUUUUGAUGCAUUGUUUAUUCUCCUUGCUCUUUGCUACAAACUUAACUUGUCAUGUAGAAAGCCCUCACCGUUGUUGGAAUUAUGCGUGCAAAUAACCAAAUGAAAGUGAACUAGCUGAUGAGCUUGUUAAAUUAAUGCAAUCAACUGAUGCCUUGUGUUCAUGGGGUCAAUUUGCGUGAAUGUGUAUCUGUUAUGCCAAGUUCACCGAAACCUUGCUGUCAUAUGGCCACUGUUUGAAAAAGUUUCGAUAAGUUAGUGCAAAUUUGUAUCCAAUCUUUUAUUGUGACUGCACCUCACUAUAGUCGGCCUACCGGAAAACUAUGCAAAUGUGCCUUGUACACAGAGGGGGUCUUUGGAUGUCCCAACCCCCCUUUUGAGUUCUACAUGUCUAAAAUUUUAGGACAGAAAAAAGAGAGGGGUGGGGAGUUCUCAAACAUCUGUUAUGCUGACCCCUCCCCCUCUUUUUUCAUAUCCCGAAACUCUUGUGUUAUGUUUGGAGAAGCAUGCUUUUAGUCAUAGCUAUCUGCUCACUCAUUGAGUAUACUUGUUGAGUCCACAGUAUAGUAUGUAAACAAAGUAGUGCACAUUGUUAAUCACAGAACUAAGUGCUAAUGGAAUGCAGCAACAUGACUUCCUGCUGCCAUAACCAAUUUUUUGAAAGGAUCCCCCAGGUUGCUGAAUCCGAGGAGAUCUCUGCUCAACGAGUCUGAAAUCUGCAGCAUUUUAAUGUGAAAAAAGCUGUUUUAAACUGCUCUUUUUACUUUUCGCUUACUCUCGCCCCCAGCCACCUGGUAGGCAAGAAACUUGGGUUUUCACAUUUUUAUGCAGAGAUUGACUUUGACGACAUUAAAUACUUCAGAUGUACGUACAA